AUGUAAAAUAAUUCAAAAAAUAAUCAAAAUUUAAAUUCUAUAAUACCUAAAAACAAUAUAAACCCUUUUAAUCAAUAAACUAAUAAUAUAUCAUAGCAAUAAAUAAAGUAAUAUUUUAAUAAACAUCUAGAGGACCUUAGUUUUUAUUUUCAUAAGAAUAAUUUAAUCUAAAUUAACCUGUUGCAUAAAAAUUAUUAAAUUAAUAACAAAAAAAAGUAGAACCUAAAAUUAUUUACAAUUAAACCAAAGUAAAGGAUGAUGAAUUGUAAACUUAAAAUUAAUAAGAAGAAGAAGAAUUUAAUGAGGAUGAUGAAGAUUAAUAAGUAGAUAAUGAAAAUGAAGAAGAUGAUGAUACUGAAUAAUAUGAUAGUGAAGAAGAAACACAAAAUAAAUAAAAUGUUUAACAAAAAAAAAAUAUUAUAUUAAUAGCAAAUGCUGAUAAAUUUAAAUCAGUUACAGAAAUUGAAACUAUUAGAAAAGUUGUUAAUUAAAUAAACAAAGAAUUAGAUCGAUUAGAUUAAGAAAUACAAGGGACUUUAAUUAUGAGUAGAAUUAAUUUUGUUGAUCAAAGUGUUUUAAAAAUUUCAGUAUCCCAAGAUUAAUCAUACUAAUAGUACCUAAAAGAAUUUGAAUAGUUUAAGCUAUAAAAAUAAGUUAAUCCUAAAUCUAUGAUAGGGUGA